AUGGAGCGGUACGACCUGAUCGUGCACGACAUCAGCGCCAUUUGGGGCAUCUUCCUUGGCAAGAUCCUCAACCGACCCUACGUCUGCUGCUUCCCCGCAAGACGAUCAUCGCCCGCGGCAUCAUGCUUCGAGGGCGGCGAGUAUGUGAAGGAGAGCAACCACAUCCUCGAACGCCUCCUGACGCGGUUCCAGAUCACCGGGCUCACCGUCACCAACCUCUUCACGGGCGGGCCCGGAAGAAUUUCCUCUUCUGCGGCCCGUCGCUGGAGCCCGCCGCGAGACGGUCGAGUUCCCGCUCGAGCUGCUCCCGCCGUCGCGGCGCAAGGAGGCAAAGAGCGAAGGCGACGUCGACACGUCCGAGAAGAGCGAAGAAGACGAGGUGCCUCCUCUCCUUGCUGGAGGAAUCCUCGCUUUCGCUCUCCUUCUCGUCAUCGCCUACAUCUCCAUGGGCACGCUCUACCGGAUGAACCCUCUCUUCUUCCGGACGUGCUUCGCCGCGUUCAAGAACAGCCUGCACCUGUUUGUCAUGUCUGUGGGCAAGGGCAACCUUGGUAUGUGCA